AUGUCACCUGUACCUCGUGCCCCCUUCCCCGCGUGCCACACUACCUGCGUCUCUUUGACAGGUGCUGUGUCCCGGGGCCGGGUUCUCCUUCCCUCAGCGUUCGGGGUGAGGCCUGGGCUUCGUGUCUUCUGGAGAACAGCGGGAGCUAGGGGGGAGCCCCAGCCCCGCCGGGGAGGCUCCGCUCCGCUCCGCCGGGGCCGGCAGCUCGGCAGGGAGGGGAGAGGCGCUGCCCGCCCCCCCGGGGCUUCCCCGCGCGCCGCGGCCCCGCUAAGUCUGACGGAGCGCCGCAGCGCAGCGGCCAGGCGCAGGAGGGAGGCGCCGCGCGGCCCGGCUCCCCGCGUGCCGCCGCUCCGGGGACAGCGGCCGCCUCCGCGCUCCCGGCUGCUCCGCUCCGCUCCGCUCGGCUCCUCCGGCCGGCUCAGCCAUGUUGAAAACUGGAAGAAAUUCAGCGUUUGGGAAGCCAGGGUUGGAUUGAGCGCAGGAGCAGAUGGUUCUGUGACCAAGGGCAACUGGGCCCGGGCACGCAGAGGAAACUCUUUGACUACAAGAUUGGCUCAGUGUGAGAAAACUGAGCAGAAGAGGAAGCUGAUGAGGCAAAGCCUCAUGGUGCCUAAAGCUCCUGAGAAAACCCCACAGAAGCAGAGGAGAGUGGUAAUGAUUUACCUGCAGUUGUGCUGUCUUUUCCUGUGGAACGAAGAUGACACACCGUGUAAGAGUCCUCUGUGGGGAAAAUGGCAAAGAGAGCUGAAUCCGUGCGUCGUGCUCGCAGUGCUGCAUGUUUCUAGCUUUACCUCAGUUAUGGUUUUCCAUUGCUGUCAAGUGCGUGCUGUAGGCUGCAGACAAACUUGUAGCUGUGUUUGAAUCAGCUGGAUUUACUUGGUUGUGGGAUUCGUGCUCCCCCUUUAUCUGCUUUGCAUUUCUCUCCUGAGAAUCACUGGUUUACUUAGGUAGAAGUUUUGCUAGUCCUAUAGCUUAUGUACUUUCUCACAAGGCCAUCAAUGGACAAACAGGAGCUGAAUACACAGGAUAAGUUAAAAAUUUACUGUCAUGAACAUUUUCUGCAUUAGGGAACUUGAAACUAAUAUGGAUAAAUAUGGUCAUUUACUGAUAAUUAGUGCCUAAGAUAUAUAAUUGGCAAAACAAUAAUCUGAAAAUAGCUACUGUUACCAAGGGCAAUAAUACUGUUAAACAGAGACAUUGAUAGCAUGUGUCAAAACUGUUUUAAUUUAAGUUGUCCUUUAGGAAACAUCAGUAUGUUAUCCUUCUUUUGCCUUCCCUACCAAUGAUGUGACACUUUGAAGUUCCUAUAUAGAUGCAGAGAAAAAACAGGUUAAGAAUAGUAGGGUAGAAACGUAGCAAAGCAUAGCGUACAGCAAAGGCUGAAUGCAUUUCUACACUCUGAAAUAUUAAAGAAAUAUAAAUCAUCUAUUCAUCUUAGUUCUAGGGGUAAUUGAAUCUCUGAAUGAGAGAACUCUGAGUUAAGGACGCCGUCUGACUGAUUUGCUCAGCAUUUCCCAGCUGGGAGAUAGAGAACCACACAUCUCAGAUGGCAAUCUGUAGUCUUUCUUAACAUGUCUUAAGACAUUCCUUUCAGUUUCUGCUUUUCAGUAUGCAUUAAGUGCUUCUAAUUUUCAGUUAAAUUUAUCUUUAUUUAGCUGUUUUGAAAGAUAAGCUAUAAACAUUUAUAAGUUGUAAUUAUAGAGACUUUUCAUUGCUGUAUAAAUAAAAGCUUUUGAACACAGACCCAAGAAUUCUCCAUGGAGUCAGUUUAUUGUGUGCGUUAACUAUAAAAUUAAUUUUCUGCUGAGUAAUUGUAACAGGCUCAAAAGUGCAACCAAUACAGACUUUGCAUAGCGUCAAAGAUUGUGAGAAACCUGGCGAUGAGUUUUAGCAAAAAUGCAAACUCUGAUUUUCUUUAUUACUGCUCUAGUCACAUUGCUAAUCCCACAUCAGUGCUUCCCAGUGCUGCACAGCGUAAUGGCAGAGAGUGGAAACAGCACAUCUUAAAGUAACUGGUAUGAAUGAGAGGAGUUGUUAUUUAUACGAGCAGAGAAGAAUCUUCAUGAAUAUAUCCAAACAAAUCAAAAGCUUUAUGAAUUACAGUUGUCAAGUGUUGGUCCUUUGCAGCAAUAAAGUUGCUUCUGGUAAGGUCUUUGUGACGCCACGCAAAGUAUUGUGAGGAAUAUCAGUAAUCACAUCUCGGAAAAAGUUGACUCACCCAACUGGCGCUGAGGGUCUGUGGCUGCAGAGCACGCUUUCUCAGGAGGUGGCCUUCAUCCAGGAGCCAUUCUCCCUUUGGAGGCUUGCCCUUGAAUGAACCCAAGGGCCCUGGGUCACUGGGAAGCCCAGGUGAGCUGCUUGCACCUGCGCUCCUUGGGCCAGCCACCCGUCACCAGGUGCUCAGCCAUCAGGUCAGGCCCUGACGUAACAGUUCCUCCACACCAAGGCAGGGCCGUGCUGUUUGAAGAGUUCAACUGCAAUAAGUGCUAGUGUUUAAUACGUGAAAGAUUUAGGAAAACCUAAAAAGUGAUGCGUGUCUGUCUCUGCUGAUUUUUCUGUACUCUCAGAUUUGGCAGAUAAAUGUGUGUGCAUACAUGAUAUCAUUUAAUUACAGCUCUGAGUAAAUGCUGAGCGUGUGCACGUACAUAAACACAUGCGCGCUGUCCUCAGUAUCACUUAAUUACCUUCCAGAGCAAACAGUCUUUCUGUUUUCUGUAUCCUGGGGCACACAAGGAAUGCUUUCUUCUUUUUUUUUGUUUUAGGGGCAGAAGGCUAAGUGUUUCUCUGAAAGAUGUCUGCCCAUAUCUGACCCCUGAACAGAACACAGGAACAUAGUAGAGAUGACUGCAAAAACUAGAGCUAGUUUAUUUCUCAACAUGUAAAUAUCUUAUAUUGUGUGAGGUUGUUUUGUGAGUUUUCCUUGCAUCCUGCUUAAGUACUAGAUAUAUAUGUAUAUAACAUGAUCAUUACAAAUUAGAUAUGGCCUUAGAUGCUUUUAUCCAUAAAUGAUUAGAGGAAAUGUACUGCAUCUUUAUUUUUCAUAAGCGCACAAAUACAUCCAUAUAUGUAUACCCAGCUGUCCACUUUUCUUGUUCGAGUUCUUAAAUAUCUCUUUACAGUGUUUUAACAGUAAAAAUAAAAGCCAUCUAGCUCUUAAGAACUGAAAUUAGCAGAGUGCCUUGGCUGCACAAAAUAAUUAAAAAUAUUUUUUUACCUAAUGGUGUGGGGUUUUGUUGUUGCUUACGCUUAUUCAUGUACUUAAUUCAAUUCUAAAAGAAUUAAUACAAAUGAAGCUGAUAUCAGGUGGCACAAAGGCUGAAUUUUGCACAGAUUUUAAAAGAAGCUUAUAGCAGGCCUGUCUGUUUUCUAAUUCCUGAGGUGUUAUUUUUCAACUUACUUAUUUUAAUUGAUAUUUAACUGAAGUGUAGUUGGACGGUGUCUACAAUUGGUUGUGCAAAAUGAGACUUGAACAUAUUUGCUGCCAUAUUCUUCCAGAGAGCGGUAACUGACCUCAGACCUGAAUGUUUCGUGCUCUCUGAUAUCAGCUCCCCAGGAGGGAGAGAAAAACAAGCUGAUAGCUCGACGGCUGACUAACAGGCUGUCAUUAUUUUAUUUGUAUCUAUCUAUCUGCUCGCAGCCAGGCUGCUGAUUCAGCUUCAGCUGAAUGUUGUUUGGACUACUCAAGUGAGUAAAGAGGCCGCAGUCAGUCUACCAGUAGAUAGAUGUUUAAAGCAGAAAACUAAAAAUAAAAUGCAAACGUGAUCACUAAUUGGCAUCCUGUUGGUUGGCUCAGCAAGACACUGCUGACACAAAAAUAAUGUUUAUGCAGUGCUUGGGUACCACUGUAGUACAGAUGAAUACUAACUGAGCUGCUUGUGCAUCUUUGGAAGUGGCCCUCUGCUUUUGGUUGGAGCACAUCUGUGUGACAGCUGCCCGCUGCGCUGUGCCUCUCCUGCCCGUAAGUGGGAGACUUCAGCUGCAUCUGUAGCCUUUCAUCCGCGCUGAAAUGUUGGUUAUUUUCAGCAUGCUAAACUGAGUGCAGAGGUACCAGUCGUUAAGGGAGGGAGGAGACUGCCAGAGAAUGCCUCAGAAGAAGUUAUACAAAGCAAACUUACUGCUGUUGUGGUUAUUUUUAUGUUUCUUCUUGAACCGUUUCCUCGGCCCGUGUUUUUUCCCUAGACCUUGGUAAGAACUUAGCGAAAGGUUUCUGUUGAUAGCAUCGAAAACAGGGAAUCAAUUACCCAGAUUUCCCCGGAAGAAGCUGUGAAGCCUUUCUAUCUCAGCCCGCUCAGCUUAAAAAUGGAAGUCCUCUCUGUGAACUUGCAGUUUUAUCUUAGAGAAGGUGAACACACCUGACUGCUGAAAGGCAUCUCUUACCUAUGCCCAGCAGCGAAGGUGCCAGCUGGUGGCACGUGUUAAUUGUGUGGCAUGGUAAGAAUUUGGCUGUGCUGCCCAGCUCUGAGGAACACGCUUGCAGUCCACACUGAGCUAAAAUCACUGUGAGUUAUUUCUGAGCUAAUGCUGGUAAAUUUUGUGUUCUUUCAUUUUCUUAGUGGCUGAACUAAAUAUUUUGCAAGAAACAAAACCAGAAUCGAGCUGAAACAAUAAUUACCAAAUUGUUGGCAAAACAAUGCGUAAGGCUUUGCUUUUCAGACUAAAAUAUUUGCCAGCUCAAUUAAAACUAAGUGUUUCCCAGAUUUCAUAAUUCACCUAAUUUGAAGGAAAUGAAAACAUUAUAAAAACAUUUUAACAUGAAAUAUUAAAUUGACCAAAGAGAAAUAUUUCACUUUGAUUUCAAAAUGAGAUGUUUUAUAUUCUGGAAUGUUUGUUCUGACUUUUUUUUUCCAGUUCAGCCUCUUGGUCAAGUACGACUUCAAAUAAUGAUUAGUUUUGGUCCUGACCUCUUUCCUGCGCUGCCUCUCUCCCUCGCUAUGCCUGAGACACGCUCAAUUUUUCCUGCAGCUUGCUGGAUGCAUUAUUACCGAUCCCAAUGACUUCUGCAAAAUGUUCCUCUGCUGACUGAAUGUCAUUCGGAGCAAUGACGUGAGGUUUUCAACUGUCUGCAGUUUGACUGCUCAAGAAAAUCAGGCCAUGUACUUCAGCCUGACUGCAUGAUAAGAGACGUGGACACCCCCUCGCUAAGUACUUAAAAGUUGGAGGAUCUGACUUCUCUGUCCUCUUUUGUUCGUGUUCCAAUUCUCGAGAUGGAUUAAAAAUCUGAAGCAUGUAUUAUUUUUAGGCUCAUCAAGAAACGUUCACGUACAUAAUUCUGAACAGAGUGGAACCCUGCACUAUGCCAGUAGCUUUUAUCUAAAAUAAAUGCAGCUAUUUCUUCA